UUAUUUCUUAUAUAUGAAAGCCCUUUGUCUGUUUUUUAUAUGUUUUUUCAUUGUUUCUGGGAAAAUUGACCCACUACGAGGGGUUCCAGAGUCAAGGAAACAUCUAUAUAGAGAUGAAGGAGGAAUGUGGAAGUGUUUAAAUACGUCUCAAUAUAUUUCUUUUUCGCGUAUAAAUGAUGAUUGGUGUGAUUGCGAAGAUGGAUCGGAUGAACCAGGGACGUCAGCGUGUAAUAAUGGGAUGUUUUUUUGUGAAAAUUUUGGCCAUAUUUCUCGUUUUAUUCCUUCAUCAUAUGUGAAUGAUGGAAUAUGUGAUUGUUGUGAUGGCUCUGAUGAGUAUGAACAUAUUAUUGAAUGCGAAAAUACAUGUGAAGAACAGCAUAAAAAAUAUAGUCAGGAAUUAGCUAAUAAAGAUUAUAUUUAUAAAAAAGGAUCUAGAAUUCGUCAAGAAUGGGCAAAAAAAAUGAAGUCUAUGGACAAAAAGCUAGAUGAUGAGAUUAAAGAUAUUUUGAAUAAGCUGAAGGAUGCAAUUCGUAAAAACCGAGAGUCAAAAAGGUCAAAGAUUUUCGAAAAUUUAAAAAUGUUUCAAACAGAAAACACGUCCUUUCUAGGUGUGCUUAAUGAAAAGAUUGGCGAUAUUUUUGAGAAACAUAAAAAUAAACUUUCAUCUUUUAUGUAUUUAUGGCAGGAUAAAAUAGAUAUUUUUGAUGAGACUUUAAGAAAUCUAAAAAAAAUAUAUGAUUAUGAUCCAUCAAAUAUUAUUUUAGACAAUGUAAUAAAAUCAUUAGAAGAAGUGAAAAGUGAUUUAGACUUUGAAAACAAUGGGUAUAAUGAAUAUAUAGAAGAAUUAAAGGAUGAAUAUAACAAAUUUUUUGAGUUUAUUCACCGGGAAUAUCAUUUAUUUCGGUUUAAAGAAAGGUCUUUUUUUGGCUCUGUAGAGGAUUGGAUUAAGCGUAGAAUUGAUCAAAUAAAAAGAUGUCUUAUAUCUCAUAAGAUUUUGAUUGAUGAUGAAAAAAUUGAUCCACAAAUUAUAGAUGAUUAUGAUGCUUCUGGUGAAUCAAAUCAGGAAAUAGAUGAAUUAAGAGAGAAAUUAGGCAAGAAAGAAUUAUUAAGAAAGGAAAAAUCUAAAUUUUUUAAUGUUUAUUAUGCUGUUAAAGACGAAAUUAUUACAUUUAAGUUUAAAGAUUAUAUUUAUGAGUUCUCCUUUUUAAAAGAUGCAUAUCAAAUCUCUACUAAUGAUAAUAAUCGUAUUUUACUUGGUUCUUUUUCCCACUUUGAUGGACAUAAUAAGCUUUAUUAUUAUAAUGGUGACCGAUGUUGGAAUGGGCCAUCACGUUCUGUAAUGAUAGAAUUAUCUUGUGGAAUCAAAAAUGAACUUAUUUCUGUAAUGGAAUAUCAGAGAUGUGUUUACUUCAUGAAAAUACUAACACCUGGUGCUUGUAUUUUGCCUUCAAAUGAGAUAAAAAGGGAUGAAUUAUAAAAAAAAGACAAAAAUAAAAACAUUUUAAUAAUUUA